AUGGCAGCCGCCGCAGGGCCGGCGACGCCUCAGAGGCCCCUCCCAGGCAUGUUCAUGGCGACUCCUGCUCCUCCGGCGCCGACCAUAUUCGCAGCAAAUGCGGCAUCUUUGCGCCAGAACCCUCAGCCCGCGCAAGCACAACCCAACAGCAGCGCGAGCGCGAGCAGCCAGAGCGUAGAGCCGAUCGAGCUCGCGGCGAGGAAGAUCAAUGAUACGCUGGCAGGGGAAGAGCGGUUCCCGCAGCUGGAGGACUACGUGACACAGGGCAUCAGUGGGGAGUAUGAACUGUCGACAAAUCCAGCAUGGACGCCUUACCAGAAGCUCAGCCAGUACGAGCUACCCGCGAAACUGCUCGAUCAGACGAAUCACUCCGGUCUGGCGCUACAGCUCGGCAUCUUCCCAGCGAUCGGCCAUGCAUGGGCGGCUCUCGACAACUGCUUGUAUCUGUGGGACUACACGCUCCCGAACCCGGAGAUUAUUGGCUACGAGGAGCAGUCGCAUACCAUCACCUCCGUCGACCUCGCUCUACCUCAAGCCGGGGUCUUCAUCAAGGAGGUUGCUCAUCUGAUUGUACUCACCACCACCGCCGACAUGCAAUUACUGGGAGUGGCAGCCAACACUGCGCCGUCAGGCAACAAGACCAUCCAGCUCUACAACACAAAGAUGUCGAUACCCGUGCGUGGGCUUGCGGUGGAGCAUGUCGUGUCAACCAAGACCGGCAGGAUAUUCUUCGUGGGAAGCUUUUCCGAAGACAUAUACGAGUUCCGCUACCAGCAGAACGAUGGAUGGUUCACGAGCAAGACCACGAGAAUCUGCCACACGAAGACGCAGUUUUCAAUGAUUGGAGAGAACACGUCGAGGACACUGGGAUCAUUCCUCGGCGGCCAGAAGGCGCAGGCCCAGAUCAAGCAGAUGGUGGUCGAUGACUCGAGAGACCUCUUCUACACUCUGAGCACCCGGGACGAGAUCAAAGUGUGGCGCAUUCAACCGGAGCUGAGCUGCGCUGUCAUGAGGUCGAUGGGAGCACUAAGACAGAACCUCUCUCACAUGAUGCCUCGCUCAGAACUGCUGGAGAACUGCAAUCUUGCAUCACUGUCGGCGAUUCCAGCAACAGAAGCCAGCAGGGUUGCUCUCGUUGCGACAACUACCACCGGCUGCAGGCUUUACAUUUCACUUACGAGAGGGAACUGGUAUGGCGGCGGCGGUGGCACUGGUCGAGAUCCGCCAAACAGCAUGCAGAUCCUGCACGUACGGUUCCCACCUUCGGAUCCUAAUCUGCAGCAGCAAUCAGCAGGCUCUCCCUCACAACCUGGGCAGAACGCCGUAGCACCAUAUGGAGCUCAAGGAAGCACCGUCGACCUCAACUCGCAGGUCCUCAAGGGCACCGAGUACGGCUUGCGCUUACCGCCUGGCAACUUUCUCGCUUCCUUGCGCAGCAGUCCGGGUCAAGGUCGAUUGUUCUGUGCUGCUACGGACGCUGGUCGGGUGAAGAAUUACGAGGCAGCGCAGAUGAACCGCCGCUUCCCAGAAUUUGGCAUGUUCAUUGAUCUACCCGGCGACUUCUAUCGCAUGAUCGAUACUUCGUCGCAACCCUAUGGUGCCACCGGUCAGCCCGCUGGCUUCGGCAAUGAGCUGGCUACGCAGUUCGAUCAGCCAAGCACUGAGAUUGCCAUUGUCACGUCUUCCGCGAUCCAGAUGAUUCGGAGGAGAAGACUGGUGGACAUGUUCGCCGCCAUGAUGAAGUAUCGUUCAACGGACGACGGCCUCGAAGGUGAGGUCAAGCGCUUCAUCUCCAGGUAUGGCCGAGACGAGAUGGCGGCUACAGCGCUUGCGGUGGCUUGCGGUCAAGGCAUCGAUGUCGCGUCAGAUUCUCGCCUUACCAGCAUCACGGAUCCGGAGGUCAGAGAGGGCGCGCGGAAGGCUUUCACAGACUACGGUGGUGAUCCGGAGUUCAAUGCCAAUGCACUUACCACCAACAACGCGAACCCAGUGGACAAUGUCCGACCGAGUCCACGAUGCAUCGGUAUGGCGCUGUAUAUCUCCCGCUUGGUGCGGUCAAUCUGGAGGAAGCCCAUCAUUCUGGAAACCGUUGCUCCCGGGCAAGCCGUCAUGCUGACUUCUACCGUCGGAGCUCAGAAGCUUCGCAACGUCCAAGAGGCCCUCACCAAGCUCUACGAGUUCCUCGACGCCAACAAGAGCUUCAUCAACGGAUUGAACGGUGCUCAAGCUGCUUCCAGAGGAGUGUCUCGGCAGACGGACCUCGCAAAUCAGGGUGAGGCGAAGCACAUGGACAGCCUGAUGAAGCUCAUCCCACGCAUGAUCGAAGGUAUCGCGUUCGUCCUGACGCUGUUCGAAAACAAGCUCGAGGAUAUCCUUGCAGGCCUGGGAGACGAAUCACGGCAGAAGGCGAAGCAACUCACAUACGAAUCACUCUUCGUAUCGAGCGACGGACGCGAGCUCGCAAAGGAGCUAGUCAAAGCCAUCGUCAAUCUCAACAUCGCCAACGGUAGCAACGUUGACACUGUUGCGGAGGCGCUUCGGCGGAAGUGCGGCAGCUUCUGUAGUGCAGAUGAUGUCGUGAUCUUCAAGGCUCAGGAGCAGGUCAAGCGGGCUUCGGAGGCUGGUGGGCAGAGUGAGACUGGAAGAGUGUUGCUGAAUGAGAGCCAGCGAUUGUUCCAGAAGGUGGCGCCCAGUCUGAGCGAUGAUCACUUGAAGUGGGCUACGGAGCAGUAUGUCAACAUGGCGUUCUAUGCUGGUGCGAUCCAGCUGUGUCUUGUGGUGGCUGGCGAGAGGGAUCGCGCGAAGGCGGCAGCAGGGUGGCUAAAGGAUGGCAGGCCAGAGAAUGACCCGCGCAAGGAUGCUUUCGAGAAGCGCGAGAGAUGCUUUCAUCUGGCCUUUGCGGUCAUCGAAGCACUGGACGCUGAGACCCAGAGCGUGCCGGAGAGGAUGGAAGGUCAGUAUACGGUCGCUGCGAAGAGGCGCAACGAAGCCUACGACGUCGUCAACACAUCCGACGAUGCUGUAUUCCAGACAUGCUUGUACGACUGGUACAUCGGCAACAGCCAGUCGGACCGUCUACUUGACAUUCAAGGGCACUAUGUCACCGACUACCUCACGCGUCGUGCGCAGGAGGGUCGAGGACAUGCCGACCUGCUCUGGCGGUACUACGCUCAUCACAACGACUACCUGCAGGCUGCCUCUGUACAGCUGGACCUAGCGAGGGGAUUCUUCGAGCUCAGCCUUGAAGAGCGGAUCGAGUACCUCAGCCGCGCUCGCACAAACGCCAGCACACGGCAGACAGCACUGAUGGACUCGCGGCAAAGCAAACAGCAGCUUCUGCGUGAGAUCUCAGACCUACUGGAUGUAGCCAACAUCCAAGACGACAUCCUCCAGCGCAUGAAGAGCGAACCCCGCCUCACCGGUCAGCGGCGUGAAGAAGUCCUCAAAGAGCUCAACGGCACCAUCCGCCCCAUCGACGAGCUAUACAACCAAUACGCCGACCAAGCCGCCUACCACGACAUCUGCCUCUACAUCUACCAAGUCGCAGACCACCGCAACCCAGCCGACAUCAAAACCACCUGGCAGAACCUCAUCAACCAAACCGACGACGCCUCCCAAGCCGUCUACGCCCGCACCGCCCUCUCCUGGGAGCUCGUGGGUGAGAAGGUCCGCGAAGUCGGCCGCCGCCUCAACGUCAGCGACGCCACAUUUCCCAUCCAGAUCCUCCUGCCCAUGCUCCAGCGCUACGCCAUCGCCGCGCACGACCAGAAGCCGCCGCCGACCUGGGCGCUGGAUCUGUUCCUCAGCCUCGAUAUCCCGCACGAGACGCUGCUGCCGGUCAUGGAGCAAAUGUACUACGGCAACGAGCACCCGUUCGUCGGCGCGAAGCGGAAAGUUCUCGCGAGCCAGAUGGUGUAUCUGAUGCAAGGGUGGUUUGAGGAGAGUGAGCGCAGGGGCGAGAGGGUGCCUUUUGGGAACGAGGAGAAUUUGAGCGUGGUGUCCGAUUUGGUGGCGGCGUUGUUGCGGACGGGGGAUUUGGAGCAGGGGGCUAGGAGUGGGGCGGAGCAUUUGCUUGCUGGGGUGCAGAGGGCGAUGCGGUGA